UUCUUUUUGACUUGGGCCCCUCACUUGCGACCCAAGUGCGGCAGAAUCGAGAAUCUCUGAUAAAAAAAAAAAGAAGAGACAGGGGAUAACAGUGCGAUAAGCCAGAACAAACAGACAUCAUGUCUUCCGUCGUCGGUGUCGAUUUCGGAACCCUCAAGACGGUGAUUGCAGUUGCCAGAAAUCGCGGUGUCGACGUGAUUACCAAUGAAGUGUCCAACAGAGCAACACCUUCCUUGGUAGGCUUCGGCCCUAAAUCACGCUACCUUGGCGAGGCCGCCAAGACCCAGGAGAUUUCCAACCUCAAGAACACCGUCAACUGCCUCAAGCGCCUCGCCGGCCGCUCCUACAACGACCCCGAUAUCCAGGUCGAGCAGCAAUAUGUCACCGCUCCCCUUGUCGACGUCAACGGCCAGGUUGGCGCCGAGGUCAGCUAUCUCGGCAACACCGAGAGGUUCUCGGCCACCCAGCUGGUUGCCAUGUACCUCAGCAAGAUCAAGCAGACCACCGCCAACGAGCUGAAGCUGCCCGUCGCCGACCUCUGCCUGAGCGUCCCUGCCUGGUUCACCGACUCGCAGCGCAGAGCCCUGCUGGACGCCGCUGAGAUAGCUGGCCUCAAGGUCCUCCGCCUCAUGAACGACACCACCGCCGCCGCCCUUGGCUGGGGUAUCACCAAGCUUGACCUCCCCGGCCCCGAGGAGAAGCCCCGCCGCGUCUGCUUCAUCGACAUUGGCCACAGCAACUACACCUGCUCCAUUGUCGAGUUCAAGAAGGGCGAGCUCGCCGUCAAGGCUACCGCUUGGGACCGCAACUUCGGUGGCCGAGACUUCGACAAGGCCCUCGUCGACCACUUGGCCAAGGAGUUCAAGGGCAAGUACAAGGUGGACAUCCACACCCACGGCAGGGCCAUGGCUCGUACCAUUGCUGCCGCCGAAAAGACGAAGAAGAUCCUCUCCGCCAACCAGCAGGCUCCCGUCAACAUUGAGUCCCUGAUGAACGAUGUCGAUGCCUCCGCCAUGGUCACUCGACAGGAGUUCGAGGCCAUGGUUGAGCCCCUGCUGGCCCGCGUCCACCUGCCCCUCGAGCAGGCCCUCGCCCAGGCCAAGCUCACCAAGGACGACAUCGACGUCGUCGAGAUCGUCGGUGGUGGCUCUCGAGUCCCCAUUCUCAAGGAGCGCAUUCAGGACUUCUUCGGCAAGCCUCUGUCAUACACCAUGAACGCCGACGAGGCUAUUGCUCGUGGCUGUGCCUUCAGCUGCGCCAUCCUUUCCCCGGCUUUCCGCGUCCGUGACUUCACCGUCCAGGACAUCAUCAGCUACCCCAUCGAGUUCGGAUGGGAGAAGGCCCCCGAUAUCCCUGACGAGGACACCAGCCUGACCGUCUUCAACAAGGGCGGCGUCCUGCCCUCGACCAAGAUCCUCACCUUCUACCGCAAGCAGCCGUUUGACUUGGAGGCUCGCUACGCAAACGUUGAAGAGCUUCCUGGCAAAACGAACCCUUGGAUUGGCCGCUUCUCCGUGAAGGGCGUCAAAGCCGAUGGCAAGGAGGACUUCAUGAUUUGCAAGCUCAAGGCCCGAGUCAACAUCCACGGCGUGUUGAACGUGGAGAACGGAUACUUUGUCGAGGACCAGGAGGUCGAGGAGGAGGUCAAGGAGGGCGACAAGAACGACGAUGACAAGAAGGACGCAGAUACCCGAAAGGUCAAGAAGCAGGUCCGAAAGGGCGAUCUGCCCAUCGCCAGCGGCACUUCAUCACUCGAUGCCAACACCAAGUCCGCCUUGAUCGAGAAGGAGUCUUCCAUGGUCAUGGAGGACAAGCUGGUCGCCGAUACCGAGGAGAAGAAGAACGAGCUCGAGGCGUACAUCUACGACCUUCGCGCCAAGCUUGACGAGCAGUACGCCGAGCUUGCCAGCGAGGAGGAGAAGGCCGCUAUCCGAGCCAAGCUCGAGUCCACAGAGGACUGGCUGUACGACGAAGGCGACGAUGCCACUAAGGGUGUCUACGUUGCCAAGAUGGACGAGAUCAGAGCCCUCGCCGGACCUGUCGUCCAGCGAUACUUUGAGAAAGUCGAGGCCGAGCGCCGUGCCGUCCAGGAGCGCGUCGAGGCCGAACAGGCUGCCAAAAGAGCCGCUGAGGAGGAGGCUCGCAAGGCUGCUGAGGCUGAGAAGGCCGCCCAGGGAGGAGCGGACCAGGAGAUGAAGGACGCCGAUGCUCCUCAGCCCGAGAUUGAGGAGGCUGGCGAGUCCAAAUAA